AUGUCCUCCCUCGUCGACCAUUUAAUCCAGCUCAGUGACAUUCUCACAAUAUCAACCACCUCAGCAGUCGCUUCCUGGGAUCUCGCCUUUCUUAAACGCGCUCUGUUUCACGCCUCGUCUGUAGAAGUUGAUCUAUUGUACUAUCCCGAGGAUGAAACAGAGAGUGCAUACCGGGAAGUGGUGGAGAGAGCGAAAAGUCAGAAACGAUGCCCUCCGCAACCGUAUGCCGAGUUUACCAUGGCAUAUCGCGAACUCUGUCGGCGAUUGCUACGUAACAGGUAUCUGAAAAAGGAGCUGUACGCGGUUUUAUUGAACGAGUAUCGGUUUCAGAUUGAUGGGUUAAUGGACAUUAAAGAAAACAUCUCUCAGGCAAGGUGCAUUACAACAGAGAGAAACUGUGACGUUCAAGCAUGUGGCAAAACCGCUGCUGUUUCUGAUCUGCUCGCGGAUAUUGAAAACACUUUUCGCGAAGAAAUCGCUCAAUUACCACACAAUCCAGCAGAUAGUCGAGUAGUCAUAGCAGCGAUCAAGUAUAAACACCAGUUCGAGUUGUUAUCAACUACAAUCGAAAGACGCGCAGCAGCGAGACUCUUGUUAAAGGAUUUCUGCCCGCUCUUUGCGAAUGACAAGGCAGACACGUUUACGAUAAAAGAACUCAAGAAAGAAUUAAAUAUUAUCGCAUCGCAUUCGGAUGGAAUGAUGGAAAUCAUCGUCCAUGCAGCACUUUUGUCGGCACAAGCUAGCACAGAGAAUAUUCCUAAUGAACUCUAUGCGAUCAUUCAAGAAUGGAUUCUAGCAGUUGCAAUGAAUGAACGAAAUUCAUCUGUUUUGAAAUCUCAGCUAUGGACAGUACAUCCUUGGUUGCUCGCUCAAUUAUCACUGUUCCUUCCUGCGUUCUUCAACAUUUAUACACAACACUUGAUUCAAUUCAUUCGACAGUUACAAGCGCAAGGUUCGAUCAGCACCGCGCGUUUACCGGAUAAUGAGGCAGAGCAGAACAGUGCAAUCAAUAGAAUGCUCGAAUGUUGGCAAGCACUCAUAUACCAAUCUGACUUUUUGAAUGAAAAGGUAACUGAGAUACUUGCCGGGGAAUGGACAAGAUGCAACUCCCAAAGCGUCCCGGGGAUGACUGUUAUGAAUACACACGUCUGGAAAGAGUUUUUUGCGCGUCUGGGCAUAUAA